AUGGAGGAGCACUUGAUGAAAAUAUUAAUUAUUGGAGAUGGAGAGGUUGGGAAAUCUGCCUUUGUGAAUCGAUACGUCAACGGAAAGUUCAACGAGGGGUACAAGAUGACAGUGGGAGUGGAUUUUUCUGUGAAGGUACUGCAGUGGUCAGAGAAAGAACAAGUCCGACUGCUACUGUGGGAUAUAGCAGGCCAGGAGCAUUAUAUAUCCAUGACCAGGGUUUAUUAUAAAGGUGCAUUGGGCUGUGUGGUGAUGUUUGACGUCACCAACUCAUCCAGCUUCCAACACUGUCUCAACUGGAAAAAAGACCUGGACAACAAGGCCAUGCUGCCCAACGGAGACUCCAUCCCCUGCAUCCUGCUGGCCAACAAGUGUGAUCUUCCUGAUCGGGUCGUGUCUGCAGACAGGAUUGACAAGUUCAGUAAGGCCAAUGGCUUUGUUACUUGGAUGGAGACGUCCGUCAAAGAGAACAUGAACGUUGGAGAGUCUAUGAGGACAAUGGUGCAGGAGAUUAUGUCAGUUCGGUCAUGUUUGGACCCACUCCAUACCCGACGUCAAGUCACAGUAAAUCCUCAACUGGACUCAGAGGUCGGCAACAGCACGAGGCGAGGCUGCUGCUAAAACUACACCUCAACCCCAAGCAAGA